UAAAGCACAUACUAAGUUAAGUCGUUCGAAUAAGUUAAUCCGUUCUAGUCUCACAGUCACAGUCGUCUUCAAUACUCAAGGAAGCUGUAUCAAAAAUUUAACACUCGAUAGAUCGAAAUUCAUAACAAAAAAUAAAAUUCCAUCCCAAAUACCUAAUAAAAAAUAAAAACAAACAAAAAUAAUUUAAAAAAAGUUUAUUAUUUUUAAAUUGUGUUAAAAAAAUCAAAAAAUUAUCAUAAUCAUGCCUGAUAGAUUAUUAAUGAAACAGAAUUAAAACCUCAGAUAUUGGUUUCGAAUUGAAAAUUAAGAUUAAUUUUCUGUUAUUGUUACUGCAAUAAAAUACACAUAAAUCUGCAAAAGAAACUUCUCACUCUUUAGUAAAUUAUUCAAAAAAUAAAAUAAUAAAGCUAUAAUCUAGUGCCAUCAUUAUUCUAUGCUCUUACAAAAUCUACUGACUACACUUAAUAUAUCCAUGCUCCCUAAAAGAUAGUACAGAGCCCCCUAAUACACAUAUCUUAAAAAAAUACGUUAAAACAUUUCCUCCGCUAAUAAAGAAUAAAACUACAUCGAAAUCAUUUGCUAGUCUUAUUAUUACAAAAAGUGCUGUGUCAAACGGUAUUCUAAAGAAUUGUAGCAAAUAUAGAACAAAAUGGUAAAAUAUUUUAUAUUGUUAGUUCUUUUGGCCGGUGUAGCCCUAGAAUGCACGAAUAUUAACAAUCGAAUGUUUCCAAAAUCAGAAACAUACAAACCACUUCAUCACGUACGCCUUCAGAAUCACGAUGCCUUAGAAACCAGUGAACAUAAUAACCACCGCGAACAUCAAAACAAUAAUCACCGACACAAUCCCCAUCCACAUCGGCAUCAUCUGCCACAUAACUCACAUCAACAUCUUCAACCAGAACAUGAUCAAUAUGCAGCAAAUCAAGGAAAUCGAGAAGUUGAUGAAUUUCCAUCUAAAAACACGGAUGACGUUGAAGGAGAAAAACCCAAGUACAAGUCGAAUCUCUGGCACAUUGUUAGGAAGGAUUUGUUAGGGCCAAACAGCCAUAAUGAUGAUUACUAUGAUGAUCCUGCUAUGGACUUGCCAACUGUCAACAACGACAGAGUAAACGAGGAGGAUGAUUCUGAUGUGAAUAAUAAGCUCGAUACGAAAAUUGAUUCACGUUUAGAAAACCAUAGGCAAAUCCGUAAAGAUGAACCGAUAAUAAAGUGUCCUAAAUGUGAAACAUCGAAUCGACAAAAUGUUCGUGUCAGUGAGGAGGAACUCACGCUUUUACGUAUUGAGUUUGUGAAGACACAGAUUUUAGAAAAACUGCGGUUAAAAGAUAAACCAAAUGUGUCAGCGGUAGGAAUGCCAAAACCUAUUUACGAAGAAACAACAAUACACCAAGAUCAGACGACAAGUUCUAAGGAUUUGGAUGAUUACUAUGCAAGGGCUAGUAAAAAAUUUAUAGUCUUAGAAAGAGAAAAACAAGAGUGUAAUAACCUUAGUCAGCCUUCAAUUUGUUUUUCAUUCAAAAUUGACGAUUUGGACUUGGAAAGUAUUGAUGUCAGUAAGGCGGUUUUGUGGAUUUUCAAAAAAAGAAAUUCCAAAGAUCUUCUCAAGCAAACAAUCGUUGUAUCAGAGGUUGAACAAGGAGGUCUUAACUCUAAAUACCUUCCUAAGGUUAAACCCAUAGCAAUACAAUCAGUCGAUGUACAAGAGGGCUGGAUGAAGAUCGACAUUGAGUGGCCAAUCAAACGCUGGUUUGGCAUUCAUGAUCUCAGCCAUUUAAUUCAUAUAUCCUGUCAAUCAUGUGAAAUAGAGACUGCCGAUGGUCUUAUUUCAACUGAAAAAGAUUAUCGACCAUUUAUUAAGAUUGACACUCAAAAUCGGCGACGAGUUUCGAGGCAAAAACGUAGCGUUAAUUGUACAAACGGUGUGACGGAGUGUUGUCGGGAAAGGCUAUACAUAUCGUUUGAUGAGAUCGGUUGGGGUGACUGGAUUAUCAGUCCAAAAGGCUAUGAUGCAUACUUUUGCCGGGGAUCCUGCUCUACUGUGGCGAGUAUAGCUCAAAGUUCGACACAUCAUAGUUCAUUAAUGAGGAAAGUUAUCUCACACAGGGAUACUGCCGGAAAGAAACCACUCGAACUUAUACCAUGCUGUACAGCGAAUCAGUACUCUUCCCUGGAAAUAUUUUUUAGGGAUAGUAAUAAUACAGCGACGCUUAUGAAAUUUCCUAAUAUGGUGAUUGAGUCAUGCGGUUGUAUGUAAAUUUACAAAGUUUUAAUAAUUUAUAAAUAUAUUUAAAAACACUUACUUUUCUUAAUAAUGUACUAUAUUUAUUACCUUAAUAUGCAAGCAACAAUACAAAACACAAAUAAUCUGAAUCUGUAUUAUGUUAAUAUGUUUUUUAUUUGUCAUUUUUUAAAAUUAAUUUCUUGUUUGUUUCUAGUUAUAAAAAUGUUUUUUGUUUCUUUUUCUUAUUAAUAAGUGAAUUUUAAGAAUAACAAAUUUACUUAAACCGUUUGAAAUUUUGCUGCCUUUAGUUUUAAAAAAAGAAAUGUUUACUUUUCUGUGCAAUGAAAUUAUACUAGUUUUAUAUAUUAAUUAAGAACAAAUAGAAAAAAUAUACAUAUGCUUAUGAGUUUAGUAUUGAACCAAACAUAACUUUUUUUGAGUGUGCAGUUGGAUUAAAAAAAAAAGAGGCUGGGCUGCCACCCACACUGAUAACUUUCCAUUCCCGUCU